CACAUAUCUAAAUAACCAAGGCCUCGCCAACCAAGUUGGCAGCUUAGAGCCUUAGAUAUUUAGGUUUCACCUUUUUCUUGGUGUAGCUGGGGUUGAACGGGCACAGCAUUCAGGUCUUAACCCUAGGCCUGUCAUAUUACCCAGCAUUUGAACCAAGAAAAAAAAACAAAAAAAAAAACCAGAGGAAUGGAGGUAACUAAGCAGCGGCUGGUUUUCCUCUUCUCUUUGGCCGCCCUUAUUCCAAGCCUAUGGGCAGAUAUUGCUGAAUUUGAUGAGGUUUGGAAGCAACGUGCGGAACAAGCCUGGAAGAAUGCCCUGGAAGCUUACGAACCAAUGCCAGAAAAUGUCACCAGUAACCUGAACUAUAAUGUUAACAAGGCUCUUCUGAAAGGUCGUGCAAACAAAACCAAGGCAUUUGAGGGUGUUACUACUAACAGCACCAGGAGGAACUUGAGGGGAAACCACAAAAAGUACAUUGGUCCAUGCAUGGCGACCAACCCAAUUGACAGGUGCUGGCGAUGCAGGAAAAACUGGGCCAGGAACCGUAAACAGCUGGCGAAUUGCGUGCUUGGUUUUGGCCAUAAAACUGAAGGAGGAAAGCAGGGAGGGUACUAUUUGGUGACAGAUAAUUCUGAUGAUAACGUGUUAAACCCCAGGCCUGGAACUUUGCGUCAUGCUGUGAUUCAGAAGGAGCCCUUGUGGAUCAUUUUUGCUCAUGAUAUGAACAUCAAAUUGUCCCAGGAGCUCAUAGUCCAAAGCAAGAAGACAAUUGAUGGUCGUGGAGCAAAUGUUCACAUUGCUUAUGGAGCUGGCAUUACUCUUCAAUUUGUGGACAAUGUGAUCAUUCACAACCUUCAUAUUCAUCACAUUAGAAAGAGCAGUGGUGGCCUAAUCAGGGACUCCGUGGAUCACUAUGGUUUCCGGACUGUAGGUGACGGAGAUGGAAUUUCCAUCUUUGGAUCAACAAACAUUUGGCUGGAUCACCUUUCCAUGUCCGAGUGUGAGGACGGACUCAUCGAUGCCAUCCAGGGUUCCACAGCCAUCACCAUCUCAAACUGCCAUUUCACCCAUCAUAACGAUGUAAUCCUGUUGGGUGCGAGUGACUCCUACUCUCGCGAUAAACUCAUGCAGGUAACAGUUGCUUUCAACCAUUUUGGCAAGGAAUUGAUACAAAGAAUGCCUAGAUGCAGAUGGGGUUUCUUUCAUGUUGUCAAUAAUGACUACACUCACUGGAAAAUGUAUGCCAUUGGUGGUAGCCAGCAUCCCACCAUUAUCAGCCAGGGCAACAGGUUCAUUGCUCCAAACGACCCAUGGGCUAAAGAGAUAACAAACAGGAACUAUGCACCAGAGUCAGUUUGGAGGCACUGGGUGUGGAGAUCGGAAGGAGACUUGUUCAUGAACGGAGCCUUCUUCAGAACUUCUGGGCCACCCGCACCUCCGCAUCUGAAAUACAACAAGCUGCAGAUGAUCAAAGCCAAGCCUGCAACAUUUGUUAGAAGGCUCACUCGUUUUUCAGGUGCUCUUAACUGCAAAAAGAGGGUCAAGUGCUAGAGAGAAUUCUACGAAAGAAUGGAGGGUCCAGUGCUAGAGAGAAUUCUACGAAAGAAUGGAGUCGUACACAAUUCUUUUACAUGAAUAGACGAUGAUUACAAUUGGGGGAAACGAAACUUUUCUUAAUUUGUUUAUUGUUUGGAUUGACGGGAAGCAAGGAGUGGGGGAAGUUAGUUGAUGUGCUUAUUUUUAAUGUAAUUCAUGUUUGUUAUCUGUGCAUUCCAAGUUACAACUUCGGAACAAGUCCAUAGACCAAAAAGGUCACUAAGAGCGUACACCGAUACCAUCUUAGUUUCCUAAGGAAAAUACUAAACAGCAGGAACUAGCGGAAGAGAAAAUGAAUGUCUUUAGAUUGAA